GUGGGAGUGGUAGUAGGUGGGUGGAGGAAGGAAAUCUCACUAGCUUUCCUAGUACCGAGCCUUUAGCCAUCUUCAUCCACCAACCUCACCAUCUGCUCUUCUUACAAACUAACUCUCUAUAAACCCACUUCAUUUCCAAUUCAACUAUAUUAAAGCUUUGAACUUUUAUUAACUUUCUUUAAUCCAUCUGUUUCGUUUUCAUUUGAAUCAUUUGAGUAGUAAUAGAAUUAUUUGUUUUGUGCACUGCUGAGAAGCCAAUUAAUCAUAUCAAUGGCACAAGAAAUUGGAAAGCCAAUUGAAGAGGUUGUUCUUGUAGAAGAAAUAGAGCAUGUGAGGUUAAUCACACUGAACCGACCACGCCAAUUGAAUGUCAUUUCAUCAAGAAUGGUUUCUCUGCUAGCAGAAUACUUGGAGAAGUGGGAGAAAGAUGACAAUGUAGAGCUUGUUUUAAUCAAGGGGGCAGGCCGAGCUUUUUCAGCUGGUGGAGAUCUGAAAAUGUUUUAUGAUGGCAAGACAGAAAAGGACUCCUGUCUGGAAGUGGUUUAUAGAAUGUAUUGGCUUUGCAAUCAUAUUCAUACAUACAAGAAAACCCAGGUUGCUCUUGCUCAUGGAAUAUCAAUGGGUGGAGGUGCAUCAUUAAUGGUCCCAUUGAAGUUCUCAGUUGUCACAGAAAAAACUGUCUUUUCCACUCCAGAAGCAAGUAUCGGGUUUCAUACUGAUUGUGGCUUCUCCUACAUACAUUCUCGUCUCCCUGGAAACCUUGGGGAGUAUUUGGCCUUGACUGGUGCAAGGUUAAAUGGUAAAGAAUUGGUCGCAAUUGGUCUGGCAACUCAUUUUGUUCCUUCUGAGAAAAUGCCUGAGCUAGAGAAGCGUUUGAUAAGCUUAAAUUCUGGCAAAGCCGAUGCAGUCAAAUCAGCAAUCGAAGUAUUUUCUGUGGAAGUUAAGCUUGAUGAUGAAAGUGUUCUAAACAAGCAGUCUAUUAUUGAUGAAUGCUUUUCCAAGGAUACUGUGGCUGAAAUCAUAGAAUCAUUUGAAGUAGAAGCUAAAAAAGAAGGAAAUGGAUGGAUAGGUCCCAUUCUAAAGGGAUUAAAAAGAUCGUCCCCGACUGGACUAAAAGUAACACUUAAAUCGAUCCGUGAAGGUAGGAAGCAAUCACUCUCAGAAUGUUUGAAGAAGGAAUUUAGACUAACAAUAAACAUAUUACGAGCCACCAUAUCUAAUGAUGUGUAUGAGGGUAUAAGGGCUCUGACCAUUGACAAAGAUAAUUCUCCCAAGUGGUCUCCACCAACUCUGGAUAAAGUAGAAGAAGGAAAAUUGGACCUUAUAUUUCAGGAGUUCGAAGAAAAAUUAGAGCUUCAGAUUCCAGAAAAAGAAUGCAGGUGGGAUGAGAAAUAUGAGAAUUCAACCUAUGCUUUAUCUAAGGCAUCGAAAUGAGCAAUAAAUCUCAUCAACAACAUGAACGUGCUCAUCCAAGUUCUUGUGCUUCUUGCAGGGUUGGUUUAUGUGUUUAUGUGACAGUUUUUUUUACCUCUUGUAGUGUAAAAGGACUCUAAUAAGUCACCAAUCUUUAGCUUUGUAACAUUUCAGUAAAAUAAAUGCUCAUUUGAUCACUAUGUGCAGAAGCAUAAAGAAGUGUGUUAUAUCAUAAAAUAAUAACUUGGAAUUGGAAAGAAUUAUGUGGCCAUUUCUUGAUCAGUAUGAUCUCCGCAAGUGUCAUUGUAAUCUCAGGCGUAUUUUAUUCAAAAAUAAAAAUUAGAUCAACUACAACUUCA